GGACGCAGGAAAGCCAGCUAGCGAGUAGUGGCGGCGGCGGCGGCGGUGGCAGUUCGCGACGAGGGUGACGGCUCCGAGGCCGAGUGGCGGUGCGGCGGAGACCUGGGUGCCUUCCUCCGUGUGAUCCCGGUGUGAUCAGCCUUUGUACCUUCUCCACAUCUGAAGAUGGUGAAGCUGGAUAUUCAUACUUUGGCCCAUCACCUUAAGCAGGAACGCUUAUAUGUGAACUCUGAGAAACAGCUCAUUCAGAGGCUCAAUGCAGAUGUACUUAAGACAGCCGAAAAGUUGUAUCGUACAGCAUGGAUUGCUAAGCAACAGAGAAUUAAUUUGGAUCGGCUAAUCAUAACCAGUGCUGAAGCUUCCCCUGCUGAAUGUUGCCAACAUGCCAAGAUUUUGGAAGAUACACAGUUUGUUGAUGGAUAUAAGCAAUUGGGAUUUCAGGAGACUGCUUAUGGAGAAUUCUUGAGUCGGUUAAGGGAGAAUCCUCGUCUUAUUGCCUCCUCUUUGGUUGCCGGGGAGAAACUUAAUCAGGAGAACACACAAAGUGUUAUUUACACAGUUUUUACCUCCCUCUAUGGCAACUGCAUUAUGCAAGAAGAUGAAAGCUACCUCCUUCAGGUUUUGAGAUACUUGAUUGAAUUUGAACUUAAAGAAAGUGACAACCCCAGGCGACUUUUGAGGAGAGGAACUUGUGCCUUCAGCAUCUUAUUUAAACUUUUUUCUGAAGGACUGUUUUCCGCCAAACUUUUCCUCACAGCUACUUUACAUGAGCCAAUCAUGCAACUGCUUGUUGAAGAUGAAGAUCACCUGGAAACAGAUCCAAACAAGCUAAUUGAUAGGUUCUCCCCAUUACAACAGGAAAAACUCUUUGGAGAGAAAGGCUCAGAUAGAUUCAGGCAAAAGGUUCAAGAGAUGGUGGAUUCCAAUGAGGCCAAACUGGUGGCUCUGGUGAACAAGUUUAUUGGUUAUCUGAAACAGAACACGUACUGCUUUCCACAUAGUUUGAGGUGGAUUGUGUCACAGAUGUACAAAACCCUCUCCUGUGUAGAUAGACUGGAAGUUGGGGAGGUCAGGGCAAUGUGUACUGAUCUCCUGUUGGCCUGCUUCAUUUGUCCUGCAGUUGUCAAUCCAGAACAGUAUGGAAUAAUUUCUGAUGCUCCUAUUAAUGAGGUGGCAAGAUUUAAUCUGAUGCAGGUUGGCCGCCUUUUGCAGCAACUGGCAAUGACCGGCUCUGAAGAGGGAGAUCCCCGGACAAAGAGCAGCCUUGGAAAAUUUGACAAAAGCUGUGUUGCUGCUUUUCUUGAUGUUGUGAUUGGGGGCCGUGCAGUGGAGACCCCUCCAAUGUCCUCCGUUAAUCUUCUGGAAGGAUUGAGCAGAACUGUGGUUUAUAUAACCUAUAGUCAGCUUAUUACUCUGGUGAAUUUUAUGAAGAGUGUGAUGUCUGGAGAUCAACUGAGAGAAGAUAGGAUGGCCCUUGACAAUUUAUUGGCAAACCUGCCCCAGGCAAAGCCAGGAAAAAGCAGCAGUUUGGAAAUGACUCCCUAUAAUACUCCUCAGCUGUCUCCAGCAACCACUCCAGCAAAUAAAAAGAAUCGAUUGCCUAUAGCAACUCGAAGUAGAAGCCGCACCAAUGUGCUAAUGGACUUACAUAUGGACCAUGAAGGGUCAUCUCAAGAAACCAUCCAGGAAGUACAGCCAGAAGAGGUUUUGGUCAUUUCCUUAGGGACAGGUCCCCAACUCACUCCAGGGAUGAUGUCGGAAAAUGAGGUCCUAAACAUGCAACUUUCAGAUGGAGGACAAGGGGAUGUCCCUGUCGAUGAAAACAAACUCCACGGUCCGUCAAAUCGCUCCAAUUCAGUAUCCUCUUUAGACUUGGAAGGAGAGUCUGUAUCAGAACUUGGAGCAGGACCUUCUGGGAGUAAUGGAGUUGAAGCUCUACAGCUAUUAGAGCAUGAGCAAGGUAAAGUGAAGCUGAACACAGUUGCUCAACUAUCAGAAACAGUGAGUGAGACCUGGAGUACAGAUGUCUUGGGAAGUGAUUUUGACCCUAACAUUGAUGAAGAUCGCUUACAAGAAAUUGCAGGUGCAGCAGCAGAGAACAUGUUAGGCAGUUUACUGUGCCUGCCAGGUUCAGGGUCAGUGCUUCUUGACCCCUGCACUGGUUCUACCAUAUCAGAGACAACAAGCGAAGCUUGGAGUGUAGAGGUAUUGCCAAGUGACUCAGAGGCCCCGGAUCUAAAGCAGGAGGAGCGUCUACAAGAGCUGGAGAGCUGUUCGGGACUAGGUAGCACAUCUGAUGAUACGGAUGUCAGGGAGGUCAGUUCCCGCCCCAGCACACCAGGCCUCAGUGUUGUGUCGGGCAUUAGUGCAACCUCUGAGGAUAUUCCCAAUAAGAUUGAAGACCUGAGAUCUGAGUGCAGCUCUGAUUUUGGGGGUAAAGAUUCUGUCACUAGUCCAGACAUGGAUGAAGUAACUCAUGGCGCCCACCAACUGACCUCUCCUCCUUCUCAGUCAGAGUCUCUACUUGCCAUGUUUGAUCCACUGUCUUCACAUGAAGGGGCGUCUGCAGUAGUAAGGCCAAAGGUUCACUAUGCCAGGCCAUCGCAUCCACCACCAGAUCCCCCAAUCCUGGAAGGAGCUGUGGGAGGCAAUGAGGCCAGGUUGCCAAACUUUGGUUCCCAUGUUUUGACUCCAGCUGAAAUGGAGGCAUUCAAGCAAAGGCAUUCUUACCCUGAGAGAUUAGUUCGCAGCAGGAGCUCUGAUAUAGUAUCAUCUGUCCGGCGACCUAUGAGUGACCCCAGCUGGAACCGUCGUCCAGGGAUUGAAGAGCGAGAACUCCCUCCAGCCGCAGCCAUUGGUGCUACUUCUUUGGUGGCUGCACCUCAUUCAUCAUCUUCCUCCCCGAGUAAGGACUCCUCAAGAGGAGAGACUGAAGAACGCAAAGAUAGCGAUGAUGAGAAAUCAGACAGGAACAGACCUUGGUGGAGAAAACGUUUUGUUUCUGCCAUGCCUAAAGCUCCUAUACCAUUUAGAAAGAAAGAAAAACAAGAAAAAGACAAAGAUGAUGUGGGGCCUGACAGAUUCUCAACACUCACAGAUGAUCCCAGCCCUAGACUCAGUGCACAAGCUCAGGUCGCUGAGGAUAUUCUGGACAAAUACAGGAAUGCCAUUAAGCGAACCAGCCCCAGUGAAGGAGCAAUGGCAAACUAUGAAAGUACAGAGGUCAUGGGUGAUGGUGAGAGUGCACAUGACUCUCCUCGAGAGGAAACGCUGCAGAACAUCUCGGCCGAUGAUCUCCCGGACUCUGCGAGCCAGGCGGCCCACCCUCAGGAUUCUGCUUUCUCGUACAGAGAUGCAAAAAAGAAACUGAGGCUUGCUCUUUGCUCUGCGGAUUCUGUUGCUUUCCCAGUGCUAACCCAUUCAACAAGGAAUGGUUUACCGGACCAUACAGACCCAGAGGACAAUGAAAUUGUAUGCUUCUUAAAAGUUCAAAUAGCUGAAGCAAUUAAUUUACAAGAUAAGAACUUAAUGGCUCAGCUUCAAGAAACAAUGCGUUGCGUGUGCCGCUUUGAUAACAGAACUUGCAGGAAACUGCUGGCCUCUAUUGCCGAGGACUACAGGAAAAGGGCGCCCUAUAUUGCUUAUCUCACUCGCUGUCGGCAAGGGCUGCAGACCACGCAGGCCCACCUGGAGAGGCUACUGCAGAGGGUGUUGCGGGACAAAGAGGUGGCCAAUCGAUACUUCACCACUGUCUGUGUGAGGUUGCUGCUUGAGAGCAAAGAAAAGAAGAUCAGGGAAUUCAUUCACGACUUUCAGCAACUCACAGCAGCUGAUGAUAAAACUGCUCAGGUAGAAGAUUUUCUGCAGUUCCUUUAUGGUGCGAUGGCCCAGGAUGUCAUAUGGCAGAAUGCGAGUGAAGAGCAGCUUCAGGACGCUCAGCUGGCCAUCGAACGGAGUGUGAUGAAUCGGAUUUUCAAGCUUGCUUUCUACCCUAACCAGGAUGGGGACAUACUUCGUGACCAGGUUCUUCAUGAACAUAUUCAGAGAUUGUCUAAAGUAGUGACUGCAAAUCACAGAGCUCUUCAGAUACCGGAGGUUUAUCUUCGGGAGGCCCCAUGGCCAUCUGCACAGUCGGAAAUCAGGACAAUAAGUGCUUACAAGACCCCCCGGGACAAAGUGCAGUGCAUUUUGCGAAUGUGCUCCACCAUCAUGAACCUCCUGAGCCUGGCCAAUGAGGACUCCGUCCCCGGAGCAGAUGACUUUGUCCCUGUUUUGGUAUUUGUGUUGAUAAAGGCAAAUCCGCCCUGCUUGCUGUCCACUGUCCAGUAUAUCAGUAGCUUUUAUGCCAACUGUCUGUCUGGGGAGGAAUCCUAUUGGUGGAUGCAGUUCACAGCAGCAGUGGAGUUCAUUAAAACUAUCGACGACCGAAAGUGACCAAGACCAAGGCCCACCAAGGCCGCAGACUGUUAGGCGGGCAAACAGAUCUCUUAGAAAAUGUACCAGCUACUUGGAAGGCUGAAGAUUGUUUUUGUAUAAUAUUGUACAGCAUUCAGACAUUUUAAAACAGAUCUUUACUAAACAGAUUAAUGAGCUAACAAGCAGGUUCUCUUUUCUUUGGGCUCUUUUCCUUUCUGUUGCGUAUUUGGUUAUUUUCUUGUCCCAAGUAGAGAAUUAGUACUGCAAAAAGGGACCACAUUUUUCAGGUAUUUUGAAAUAUUAAAAAACAGAACAAAAUCUAGAAAAUUCCUAGAUCUCCAUUCAUGGAUACCCAUUCUUUCCUUUUAUUUAAAAAAAUAAAAAGAACAGUACACCUCUUUUUAGAUGCUGUCUAAUCUUACAGGCAUCUAAUGGAAGGAGGAUUCCAGCUGCACUGAGAAUUAGAACGGUGGUGACAUCAGUGGCAUUAUCUAUAGAUACACUCACCUCGAUUGAAAAGCUAAGAAGGAAAUGUAAAUAUAAUAUAUAUUUAUAUUUGAUGUAAUAUGGACAUCUUCAGAUUCUAAUAAACAAGGAAUAUUGCUGAUAGUA